AUGGCGGCGAUGGCGGUGCGGGCGGCGCUGCGGGGACUCCUCGGGCGCUUCCGGUGGCGGACGCAGGCCUCGGUCCCGGCGGGCGGGGUGCGGGGCGCGGCGCAGGGCGCAGCAGCAGGACGACCGGACUACGAUCUCCUGGUGAUCGGUGGGGGAUCCGGCGGGCUGGCCUGUGCCAAGGAAGCCGCUCAGCUGGGAAAGAAGGUGGCCGUGGUAGACUACGUGGAACCGUCCCCGCAAGGCACCCGGUGGGGCCUCGGCGGCACCUGUGUGAACGUUGGCUGCAUCCCCAAGAAGCUGAUGCACCACGCAGCGCUGCUGGGGGGCAUGAUCCGAGACGCCCCCCACUACGGCUGGGAGGUGCCCCAGCAGGUCCCGCAUGACUGGAGUAAGAUGGCAGAAGCCGUUCAAAACUACGUGAAGUCGCUGAACUGGGGGCACCGGGUCCAACUGCAGGAGAGAAAAGUCAGUUACUUUAACAUGAAGGCCAGCUUUGUGAAUGAGCACGUGGUUCGCGGGGUCACAAAAGGUGGGAAAGAGACUCUGCUUUCGGCUAAGCACAUUGUCAUCGCUACUGGAGGGAGACCGAAGUACCCCACGCACAUUGAAGGUGCCGUGGAACAUGGGAUUACAAGCGAUGACAUCUUCUGGCUGAAGGAAUCCCCUGGAAAAACGUUGGUGGUCGGAGCCAGCUACGUGGCCCUGGAGUGCGCCGGCUUCCUCACCGGCCUCGGACUGGACACCACCGUCAUGAUGCGCAGCAUCCCCCUGCGGGGCUUUGACCAGCAAAUGUCAGCUUUGGUCACAGACUACAUGGCUUCUCACGGAACCAGGUUUCUGAGGGGCUGCACCGCCUUGAGAGUGAAGAGGCUCCUGGACAACCAGCUUCAGGUCACCUGGAAGGACCUCGCCUCCGGCAGGGAGGACAUGGACACCUUCAACACCGUCCUGUGGGCCGUAGGGCGAGUUCCAGAAACCAGAAAUCUGAAUUUGGAGAAGGCUGGAGUGAACACCAACCCUGAGAGUAAGAAGAUCCUGGUUGAUGCCCGGGAAGCCACCUCCGUCCCCCAUAUCUAUGCCAUUGGAGACACAGCGGAGGGGCGGCCUGAGCUGACACCCACAGCUAUCAUGGCAGGGAGGCUCCUGGCCCAGAGGCUCUGCGAUCAGUCCUCAGACCUGAUGGACUAUGACAAUGUCCCCACGACCGUGUUCACCCCGCUGGAAUACGGCUGUGUGGGGCUGUCCGAGGAGGCGGCUGUGGCACGCCACGGAGAGGAGCACGUGGAGGUUUAUCACGCCUAUUAUAAGCCACUGGAGUUCACAGUGGCUGAACGGGACGCGUCCCAGUGUUACAUAAAGAUGGUGUGCCUGCGGAAGCCCCCAAAGCCGGUGCUGGGCCUGCACUUCCUGGGCCCCAACGCAGGUGAAGUUACUCAAGGAUUUGCUCUGGGGAUCAAGUGUGGGGCCUCCUAUGCGCAGGUGAUGCGGACAGUGGGCAUCCACCCCACUUGUGCCGAGGAGGUGACCAAACUGCGUAUCACCAAGCGCUCCGGCUUGGACUCGACCGUGACUGGCUGCUGAGGUUAAGCCGCCAUCCCUGCCAAGCCCAGGGCACACGGCACACCUGCUGCCCCCACAGCCAGGCCCUUUGGGGCUUUGGAUCCAGGACACUGAAGGCCCAGCCCAGGCGACCCUCAGCCCAGCCUGGAGAGCCCCGGAGGUAUCUGGCGUGGGCGGCGUGUCUGGAUGGACUGCCCGUGUGCCCUGCAGGGAUGGCUCCCGUGGGACGUCAGCCCCCACACCUGCCCUGUUGCCCCUCCUGCCCGGGCCGGCCCUGCCAGGCCCCCGAUGCCAGAUGAUGACGACCUGCGCAGAAACCCACCCCGUGGGCUGCCCACGUCUGAGCCCCCCUGGUAUUUCUGGAGUGCAAAUAAAGAGGGUGUUUUCCUGAA